AUGACAACAAUAUUAAAAGGCUACUAUUUAAAAGUAACACUUGAAAAUAGAAUAGUGAAACAUAAUGGUAGAAAGGUUUAUCUAUCAAUUGUUGAACAUGGUAAUGGUAUACCUGACCACGCCUUAAUCUUAAAGACUACUGCUAAAUGUGUUAAAUUUUCUGUUUGUCUUAGUAUUAGAUCUCAAUGUGGUUGGAAAGAAUUGGAUCAAAAUGAUAGUGGUGAACUAACUUUUGAUUUAAAAGUUGAAGUAACUGGAAAAUCACAAAGAGCGCCAUUAUUCCCAUUAAUAUUUCAAUUAUGUGAAAAGAAUUAUGAUCAAGUUACAUUAAUUUCAAAAUCUGUUAUUCCUGUUAAAGCAAUUACAAAGAUCCCAAAGAAAUCAUUAAGGGCUGAAUUGGUACCGUUGGGAGAAUCACCAACUAAACCACCGCAAGCAUUCCCAGCAUCACCAUCUGAUCUUAUAUCAAGUAAAGAAUAUGAUGAUGAGUUUGACGGUGGUAAUGGUGGUAAUAGUGGAACUAAUGGUGAUGGUGAUGAUGGUGGUUGCAGUUUAGGUGGAUUGGCUGACGAAAACGAUUACGAAGAUGGAAUGGUAAUCGAUGAGAAUGGUAACGUUUGUAGUAGUGGUAGUGGUGAUGGUGGUGGCGGUGGCGGAGGUGGUGGUGACAUAUCUCCAAAACUAACAUCCUCACUAAAUAACUUAAAAUCAUCAAUCAGUAACACAAGUUUAAGUAGUCUAGGUAAUAGUUUAAAUAACAGUUUAAAUGGUACCAAUUCUCAAAUGUUACAAUACCAACAGCAACAGCAACAGCAACAGCAACAACAUGGAAAUCUAAAUGUGAGUGGUAAUAAUAUAAAUAAUAACAGGGAUACUAAUGUUAGUGGUAAUAAUAAUAAUAAUAACAAUUCAACAACUACAACAACAACAACAACCACCACUACUACUCAUAGCAAUAAUAGUAAUAUGGGUGGUAGUAAGAAACCAUUAAAUAAUAGUAAUAGUAAUAUACACUUUUUGACAAAUCAACAAAAUAGUGAUACACCAUUAUCAAAUUCCUCAUCUUCCACACCAACCUUAUCACCAGCACAAUCAGCUAUAUCUUCACCAACUUUAUCAAAUAUUAUAAAUUCAAAUUCAAAUUCAACCUCAAACUUAAAUGAUCUCAUAAAGGAUAGCUCUCAGCCAUCAACAUCAACAUCAACAUCAACAUCAUCAUCAUCAUCAUCAUCAUCAUCAUCAUCAUCAUCAUCAUCAUCAUCAUCAUCAUCAUCAUCAUCAUCAUCAUCAUCAUCAUCAUCAUCAUCAUCAUCAUCAUCAUCAUCAUCAUCAUCAUCAUCAUCAUCAUCAUCAUCAUCAUCAUCAUCAUCAUCAUCAUCUUCAUCAUCAUCCCAACCAACAUUAAAUCAACAUUCAAAAUAUAUUCCAAAAUCAUUACACUCUUCAUUAUCCUCAAUUCCAAUAAAUAAUAAAGAAAACAAUAACAAUAAUAAUAACAGAGACAAUAGGGAUAAAGAUAUUUGUACCACAUCUCCAAACUUAAAUGAUUCUAUUAAUAAUACACUUGAUUUAUUUAAUAAAAAGAUAAACAGUAACAAUAAUAAUAAUAAUAAUAAUAGCAAUAAUAAUAAUAAUAUUUCAAGUCAAGAAAGACCAUUAUUAAAUUCACCACAUGUACAGUUAACUCAUCAACAACAACAACAACAACAACAACAACAACAACAACAACAACAACAACAUCAACAACAACAUCAAAAGAUUGGUAUGUCGAAAUCAUCAUCAGAACUCCAAGUACCAUCAUCAAAUUACCAUAAACAAUCAGAUGAUUUAAAUCCAUUAGAUUUUUUAUCAGCUAUUGCUACAAUGGGUUCAAAUUCAUUAUCUUCAAUUUUAUGUAAAGAUGAUAGUAAAACUAAUACUAAUAAAGACAAAGAUAAUAAUAAUAGUAAUAGUAAUAAAGAUAGUAGCAAUAAUAAUAAUAAUAAUAAUAAUAAUAAUAAUAAUAAUAAUAAUAAUAAUAAUAAUAAUAAUAAUAAUAAUAAUAAUAAUAAUAAUAAUAAUAAUAAUAAUAAUAAUAAUAAUAAUAAUAACAACAAUAAUAAUAAUAAUAUUAAUAAUAAUGAGGAUUUGUUACCAAAUCCUGGUAGCAGCAAAUUUGCAAAAUAUUCUGCUGAUCAAUCAGUAUCAUCUUCAUCUUUAAAUACACCUUUAUCAAGUCCAAUUGUAAAAUCACAAUCAUAUCAACAACCACAAUCACAAUCACAACAACGCUCACAAUCACCACUUCCACUUCACAAUAAUAUAAGUUCAAUUAAUACAAGUAUUCAUAAUGCAAUUAAUUCAUUAAAACCCAAACCACUUCAUUUAUCAUCACCUUCAAUCCCAACAACUUCACCAGAUGCUCCAUAUAGAUUACCAUCUUUAAAUAGUAGCAGUAAUAAUAUAAAUAAUCAAUCUGAUUAUUGGUCAGCAAUAAAUCCAAUAAAUAGUAGUGGUACUAAUAUAACAAAUAAUAAUUAUAAUAAUAAUAAUAAUAAUUAUAAUAAUAAUAAUAAUAAUAAUAAUAAUAAUAAUAAUAAUAAUAAUAAUAAUAAUAAUAAUAAUAAUAAUAAUAAUAAUAAUAAUAGCAAUAGCAAUAAUAAUAACAAUAAUAACAACAAUAAUAAUAAUAUUAAUAAUAACAAUAGCAAUAGCAAUAAUAAUAUGAAUAGUAAUAAUAAUAAUAAUAAUAUUAAUAAUAUUAAUAAUAAUAAUAAUAAUAAUAAUAAUAAUAAUAAUAAUAAUAAUAAUAAUAAUAAUAAUAAUAAUAAUAAUAAUAAUAAUAAUAAUAGUAAUAGUAAUAAUAAUAAUUGCAAUAAUAAUAAUAAUGGUGGUAGUAAUAUUCAUAGUCUUAACAAUAGUAGUAAUAGUGUCAAUUACAACAACAACAACAAUAAUAAUAAUAACAAUAUUAAUAAAGAUAAAAAAAAUAAAAAAAAAUUAUCAGCAUCAACACCCAUAUUCGGAGAGAGUAACUUGGGUGAUAUUAUAAAUAAUGUUAUCGAUGAGCACCAACUCAAUAGUAACAAUAAUAACAAUAAUAACACACCACACUUUAGCUUUAAUAAUAAUUCUUUAAAGGAACUUAAACCAUUAAAAAGAAAAGCUUCCAUACGAAAUAGUAGUGGUGGUGUUAUAACAAACGAAAAUGGAUGGACAACUAUUGUAAAUAAUAAUAAUAAUAAUAAUAAUAAUAAUAAUAAUAAUAAUAAUAAUAAUAAUAAUAAUAAUAAUAAUAAUAAUAAUAAUAAUAAUAUAUCAUCAAAUUUACCGAUUAUUAGUGGUUUAUUAUCACUUUCAAAAGUAGAUUCUACAUCUGUAGAUAAAUUGUAA